UGAUAAACUUAUUAAAUAGAAUGCAUGCAUAGUUGUCCCAUGGGUCGACUCCUUUUUGUAUAUACUUGCAUGGCAUUAAGACCACCAAAUUGGCCCUGAUUAGCACCCGGAGAGCAGCGCGGAAGAGAGAGAAGAGAGUGAAUUUUAAUGAGAUCAGAUUGAAAGUAUGGACGGAUUGGUAGCGACAAGUGCACAGAUGUACAACGGGGCUAGUAGUAGUUCUUCACUUGUGGACAGUCGGAACCAAACACCAGACAUCAACAUCCACGCUUUAUACCCUAGUCACGCGGACCUUGGGAGCACUAGUUUUUCAUCACUGUCUGCUAAGAAUCCACAAUAUGACAUCACAAAAAACAGCAGUUCAACUAAAAUACAAUCAUCACAAUACAGCAAUUACGGUCACCAAUCCAAGGUCAAACUCUCGAAUCAGUCCAGACCCAAGUCUUUAUCUAUGGAUUCCAAACUGAAACAAGCAACUCACAAAGUGCCAGACAUUUACUCCUUUCCGGAGAUAAACUCCGGAUCCAAGUCACCGAAAAGUAGCAGAAUCAAAUUAAGAAGUGAUUAUAGUAAAUACGAGAGCAAUAAAACGACAAGGUCAUUUACGCAGCAGCCAUUUCAAGCAUCGAUUGAGAUAGCUGAUCAGUUCCACGCUGAGUUGGAACGUCUUUACUCCGAAAGUAGUAAAGAGCAACAGGAUUUUUCAUCUUCGCCUUCAGAACUUAAACUAGAAGAUGUCCUCUUGCAAUGUGAUAACGGAGAAUUGUUUGGCCACGAGAAUGGACAAGAAAAGGCUAAGAGAGCAGGCAGAAAAAGUGUGGUGCUUAGCGAUGAAAUUGUUGUAGUUGAUGACGAUGAUCAGCAUCAUGAGCAGGAUAUUUAUGACCAUCUGAAUCACGAGCAGUCAGAGACAACAGACAGUGAAAUAGUUCCACCGCCACCCUCAGACGAUCUUCCUUCUGACGACACUGACUCCGCGACCGAUUCAUACCGCCAGAUGUCAGACGAAAACGAAGAAAACAACAACAUAAGCCAACAUUCAGUACUUCUCCCUAAACCCAUCGCUCUUCCCUCGUCGUCCACAGUGAUUCAUCGGAAGAUCAGUUCGGGGAAGGCGAAGAGUCUUUCGUGUAUGGAUAUAAAUGUAAUGGAGACUUGGAAUGACAGAGAGGUGGAGAUGAAUGGCCUGGAUAGCCAGCAAAGGCCAAUUAGUAUGUACGCUGCGUCAAGUACAGAUCGGCCUGCAGAGAAUGGCUUGUCUAGGUCUGACGGCUUUGAAUCAACUGGAAAUUUAACAAGAGUAGCUGGAAGUUCCACCAACGGAUACCUCAAUCCAACAAUAGAACGAAAUAGCACCCUUUCUUACACAUACAAUAACUACCCACCUCCUCAAGAGAGGAGUUCCAUUUUCGAUCUAUUCAAGAAACCGGGACGAAAGAUGUCGAAUGCAGCUUCGGUUGAUCAACUGCCACAGUACAUAGACGCCAGUUGUGCGACGCGGUCUUCGCAGAAAGAUAAAAGCUUCAGUUUUAGCAGAACGUUCGGAAGGUCAAAAAAGAAGAAAAACUCAGGGCAUAUAUGGGAUUUCUUCGAUCCCAACGACCUAGGGUCGGCUUUCAGGUUUAGUUUGAAUGACCAUACAAAGUUCACUUCUAAGUCCUCCGCCGAUAGUCUUACGAGUGCUCAGGCGAGCUGCGCAACGUGCAAUAGAACAUUCGACCAAGCCAGAGGGGAAUCAGCUCCAUUCAACAGAAUUGCAAAAUGCCAAGAAUGUGGAGUUGCAGUUCAUGAUGAAGAUGCGUGCAGGGGACCAGUGGAGAGGGAAGAAUGUGGAUCAAUUAGAAAUAAAAAGCUGAACGUGGCGGUUGGCGGAUCGAAGCGUCGGCUAAGUGGGCGCAACUCCUACUCCGGCGGCAACAGUGGACUCCUCGGUGCAUCGGGUCACAGUGCGAAGAGUCUCAGCAACCUCAGUGCAGACCCAUCUUCUUCAACAAAUAACAACAACAAUAAUCAUUUGCAUUUCAACUUCGUCACACAGUCGAACAACCUCUACUCUCUAGAACAGCUGCAACACAUGCACAAUGGUUCGAUCCUAGAAGAGGACGAGAAAGACUCGGCAGUAGGGGGGAAUCCAGCAUCGGGUGGACUAGACGACUCCACGAUGACGUCAGCUAGCCACCACUCUUUCCACAGCACAUCAUCCCAUCCCCACUCUGCUCAAGGCAGUACAGUAAACUCACCCUACACAUCAACCCCGCAUGCAUCAUUCAAACAUGGCAGGUCCAUCUCCAUGCUCACUGGCAGUUCCUCCAACACAUCGACAUUGGAAGGAGACCGUUCUCAAACAAGUGGCUUCUCUAUUGGUCUGAGACCCAGCUCUAGUAGUGGGCGGAACAACAAGAUAGGAGGGCUGGACAAAAGGGACUCAAUUGGGUCCAUUCGCACCAAGAGCACCCCAGACCUCACUUUGGGAAUGGGGUACGAGAAGAUGCGACAGAGUCUAGAGUCUAUCAAUGACUCCGUGGAUUCAAUAAAUGCACAGAAGGCUGGAAUUUUAAUUGAACCCAACUCCAGUUUCCUGAAUCCAGAAUUCCCAGAACUGGUGGACAUGGAGACCAGAUGGGACAAGACAGUGCCAGACUGGUUAGUGAAGGGACUGCAGAAGUACUCGGUGCAGGAGCAGAGUGCAAUCCACGAACUACUCACCACUGAACACAACUUCCUCCGAGAACUUGACCUGGUCGAAUUGUACAUCGACAACAUCAACCACAGACUAGAUUGGCGGCAAUGGAAUGUAACCAAGCAGAUGGGAACGCACGCUGCUUCUGACGUCUCCAGCUAUCUUUUUGGAGCACCGGAAGUGAGGACUACCUUAGCGGCACUAUCUAAGCGGCUGUUGAAGAAACUGACAGAGCGGCGCAGCUGGGCCAGAAGAGAAGGGCCCAAUGGGGAGGAACCUCAGUAUGUGAUGGAUGUAUCAGCGGUACUCUAUAGUCAUUUUUGUGAUAGAGACAAUAUUGACAGUUACAUCAAAGCGUUUCAUAGGCUGACCAUCAGUCAGGACACAGCGAAGAAAUUUUACGACGACGCCAGAGAAAACAUGGCAGAGUUUCGCAAAUUUGUCAAUGAGUGCAGUAAGAACCCGGCAAUGAAGCGACGAACAUUACUGGACACAAGAGGUGCCAUAAUACAGAGACCUCACAAGUACCCGGCGCUUAUUUCUGCACUGAUAAAAUCAGCUCAGAAAGAACUGGACGCUGAAAAAACGCAGUCGGCAGCCGAGAAAUUAGAAAGGCUAAACAGUUGCCAAAAAGCUGUGAAUACGAUUUUGACCCAGAUUGAUAAACUGUUGAGAGAACACCAAAUGAGUGAAUUGUUGAAAGAUAUCUGGAGUAAAACGGACAGCAAGCCAUUAACUUUGGAAAUGAGGGAUCCGAGUGAUAGAAGGUCAGAAGUGAGGCUGCCGUUUGAGAAGCGAUCUAUCGAGGCAAUGAAAACAAGACUUCUGAAGCCGUUCACUGUGAAGUUGACGACGGAGGGUAUGAAGGACAAAGUGAAAAAUGUGUUGAUUUUGGUCAUGGAAGACUGUCUGAUACUGCUUGAAAUUAAGGACCCUAACGCGCCUCAAUAUAUGCUUCUGUCUGUGCCCAAAGUUGUUCCAGUGAUGAUGGCAGAGACCAUGAUCAUCUCAGCUGGAGAGACUCUAAGAGACGAACAGGUUCAUUUGAUUGACAAGAAGUACCCCUCUCUCAGUACAAUCACACUCAAGUCUAGGACAGAAAAGGACGAUUUCUUCAAGAUUUGCAAUUCCAUUAAGCCAGGAGUAGGGACGUCCUCUAGCUUCACAGCAGCUGAAGGUCACUUAGGGUCAGGAGGAUUUGGCAAGCCCAAAAAUCACAGCUUUAAGAGCACCUCUACCCCUGCCCAGAGGUCAAACUCGCAGUCGAAACUGCAGGGCAGUCAAAACUCAAACUCAAUUCUAAAUUAUACACCAUCUAUCGUCACAACAACUGACUCUUCAGGAACUGGAGGAGGCGGCGGUAGUAUCGGCAACUCAUCCUCAUUUAAGAGUCAUGACUCGAGGUCAACAACCACAGAUACCCACACCCUGGAAUUGCCAGAACUCGUUAUCCAGAAACCCUCUCUGUCUAAUAGUCCAGGCUUCAACACAUCGUCAAUGGGUAGUCUAAAUGAUAGUUUCAUUUCGAUGGGGGACCAAGUUAGUGUGUUUACUGAGAGAGGCGCAGAGGAAGUGGAGGAGGGUGGUGGGAGUAGUAGUCAGGACAGUUUGGGGGUGAAAGUGGAAGCGUGUUAUGAUCAAUUGAACCAACUCCUGGACGAGAUUUUCUGCCACAAGUCCUUGGAGCAAGGCGAAUCUCUCAAACAGAGCAUCUCGUCUCUCAUGUCCGACCUCUCACAACUGAAGAAAUCAACUACUCUCAUGAACCAGUCUCCACUCCACGAUCCCACCAAGAGCAACCCUCCAAAUUAUCCUGUCUCCAGGUCGGAGAGCUGUAGAAUGAAACUUGCGUUAUCAGCCAAUGAGAGUGAGCUAUUGAGUGCGUUUGAGAAUGGAGGGGGUAAGAGACCCCUCAGCUUCACCCCUGCUGAUUCCAACUCAGGUUUCCACAAGACAGAAGGGGGAGGGGGUAAGAGUGCCAGUGGCAGUGGUGGGAGUGGGAGUGGUUUGGAAGGAGGGAGGGGAGUGGGAACCAAAGCGGACUCAUACCAAUCAACCAGUGCAAUAUUCGACACUCCACAGAAAAGAACAGUUCAUUGCAGUUGUGGAAGUGACACCUCAGAAUACAUUGCAGAGUUGGAGAAAUCAAUUUUGUGUAAAAACGAAUAUCUACAUGGUGCGAAGGAUUACAUAUCCAGGCUAGAGAGUGAGGUAGAGAAAAAGAACAGUGAACUGAUGAAGAGCAAGAAGGACACUCUGGCCAUACAGCUGGACUCACUCGUCAAGGAGAGCAAGAUCAAAUCCAUACGCCAAAACCUCGCCCUCAACCCUCCUGUUACCUCCUCUUCCUCCGCAGAUCACCAGGAGAAUGUUCUAGAAUCUUCCUGUGGCUGUGAUGGUGACGACAUGUGCCACUUCCACCACCUUCAGAUCAACCAGAAGAGAAUAUCGAAUCACAUGAAUCACAGAGGCUCAAUAGGCAUGGACAAUAGGGAUUCCGCUGAAAGUGAACAUCAAGAGUCUUUUCCGAAGAUCACAAUUAGAGAAAUAGCUGACAAUGAGUCAUCGCUGUCACCCUCACUAAGCGAGAGCAUAUCGCCUCCUGUAGAUAAUUUAAAGAAUAUUGAUUCCGCUUCACUGACCAUCAAAGCAUCCCCCAUGAUGUCUCAAACAGUUCUGGCUUCACCUCCUGACAUAAUAUCAACACCAGCUAUGACAUCAUCGCCCCAAUCUAACGCCUCAAAUUUUAUCUACCCUUCAUCCGCCCAAAACGCUUCGCAGCCACCCGCAUCAACAAUGACAACUGUACAGACUAGCAGUAGUAAUCAAGUUGGAGGGAUAAAAAGAACCCAACCAGUACAGCAGAAAAAAUCACCUGCUCAAGAGCUGAAGCAGCAGUUACCGUCCAAACUGAUGCUGAGUUCAACAUCCAAUGAAGGCGCCAAAAAGGGCCAAAUGGCCUUUAGUUCGAAGAAGCAACAACCGCAAAUAGCCAAUCAGAAUCAAGCAUUUGAUAAAAGUGGUGCUAAGAAAAACAAAAGCAGUGGGGAUUUACUUGAAUCCAAAGAUUUAAAUUUAUAUAACCGAAGACGAGGAGGGAAUAUCCAGAAGCCGAAGGUCGAAGUGGAACCGAGUCCGUCAUUGGCACAACAGCAGCAACAAUAUCCGCGACGCAAAGCAAAAAGUGAAGUCACAUCUCCAAUGAUAGUGCAGAUACAGCCUGUUGGUGAGCAUACUCACAUGCCAAUCAUCAGAACUCCCAGUGGAGGAGCUUCUGAUCUGAGAUUCUUCAAGCAAACCGAGGACGAAAAAGCGACAGCGAGAAAAGGAGGACAAAAUUCAAGUUCGUCGCGCAAAACGUCCUUGAAAUCCGUUUUCGGAAGUCGCAGUAGAAAACAAUCGGAGGGAAAAGAUGGAUCCAAUAAUAUCGAGCCGGACUCGGUUGUGGAGCAGGAUCCAGAUGCGACAACUGGACCUGAAGUGUUUCUGCUAUAAUAGCUGCGCUAUCUUAAUGAUGUGUAUACAUAUCUCUAUCUUUUUACAUUCGUCUGACCCGAGGACAAAUCGUAUGGAAGUAAAUCGUGAUGUUUCGAGGAUUUUUUAAAAAAAGGACUUCACGUGUAGAGUAGAACUCAUUCCUUAAACUCAUAACGAGAACUGAAUUGAAAUCAAACUUUCAAAUUUCAAGUAGGCUUAAACUUAUCAAAUUUUUGAUCAUGAAAUCUUUCCAUUUGUAUUGCUUUCGGAGUAAAAUUAGCUAUAUUAUAAUGUGUAUAUUAAAUAAUGAAAACAGUCUUUGACUAAUAUUUUGUUGAUACUUAUCUGUUUAUCGAGUAGCGAUCUAAUCGAC